UUUUUCCAGGUAUUUGCCCAUUUAUUUCUCGCUUCUGGUUCAUUAAGUUUAAAACACUCAAAUAAUUUAUUGACCGAUCUCAUAAUGAAGCAAAGAAUUUCAGCGGGGAUUGGAUUGGCAAUUAAUUUUUUUAAUACUGCCCGACUUGAAUUAAAUUAUGUUUUGCCUCUUCGUUAUUUUCCUGGGGAUAAUUGUUCAUCUGGAUUACAAUUUGCUGCGGGAAUUUAUUUUUUGUGA